AUGUCCACAAACUGGUCAGAAGAGGAAAAGGAAGGCAAGUUAAUGGAAAACCGGAGAAGAGCAGACCUGGGAAUAAACCUGCCGCAAAGAAAGUGGACUCCACAAAACUCAGAAGCACACAUCUUAGGAACGCCAAGGGAUAUGAGAGCGAAGGGACGCAAGCAAAUAUCAGAAGAAGGACCUAAAGAAAGGAGCAGGAAGAUACCUAAGUCGACGUCCCACCCGGAAGGAACAUCCAGAGAAAUUAUAGGCAUGCCAGUCUUAAUACUAAAGAGCCUCAGGAAGGGUAAAACGAACCUCAAUGAGACCAAGGAAGGGUUCGCGAGCAGGAGCACGGAAGCUGAUCCCAAAUAUCGCAUCUACUACAACACAGUGGUCCCUUAA